GAUAUAUACGUUCUUACGAACAUGCAAUCGUCAGUAUCGCUCGUUUGCGCGCGACGAUCGUUGGAAGUUGUGUUUGUUCGAUUGAAACGCACGUGGUUGCGUCAAACUUUUUUUCUGUGAACAAACGCAUACCACGAUGACAACGGAAAGCGUGGUCGGACCUAUUAGAGCGGAAGGGCAUCAAGUGCAUAAAGAAAAUAACCAUUCUACGGGAAAUAUCAAGGCUGGCGUAAUCGAUUUCGUGGCCGGCUCGCUUGGCGGUGCAGCCCUCGUCUAUGUGGGCCAACCGCUGGAUACCGUGAAGGUAAAGAUGCAAACAUUUCCGUCUAUGUAUAAAAGUAUGAUGAAUUGUUUCCUGCGUACAUUAAGGACGGAUGGUAUCGUGAGGGGUUUGUAUGCCGGAACAAUGCCGGCGGUCGUCGCCAACGUUGCUGAGAAUUCUGUAUUGUUUGCUGCAUACGGCGGAUGCCAGAAAGCAAUCGCUCAUGUAUCAGGUGUACAGAACGUGAAAGAACUCAGCUCCUUCAGCAACGCCUGGGCCGGUUUCUUCGCCGCGUUCUUCUCCUCGCUGACGCUGUGCCCAACCGAACUGAUAAAGUGCAAGCUGCAAGCGAUGAGAGAGGUCGAGCAGAUGCGGAUCGCAAUGGGCAAAUCUACGAAACCUCGCGUAGGACCGUGGAAUUUGACGAAACAGAUUCUUAGGCAGCACGGUGUAAGAGGCCUGUUUCCAGGUCUCUCGUCGACAAUAGCUCGUGAAAUGCCGGGCUAUUUCUUUUUCUUCGGUGGAUACGAGACCACAAGAGAGCUGCUAGCAGCAGAGGGUCAAAGCAGAGACGACAUCGGUUGGCACAAGAUGAUGGUAGCCGGAGGAGUCGGUGGCGUAUUGUUUUGGCUAGUGAUAUUUCCCGCCGACGUGGUUAAGAGUAGAAUACAGGUACAAAACUUAAGAACACCCGCGUUGAUAGUUUUCAAGGAUAUUGCGAAGAAAGAAGGAUUUGGCGCGUUUUACAGUGGAUUGAUACCGACUCUAAUAAGAACGAUACCAGCGACUGCAACGUUGUUCGUCACCGUUGAAUACUCAAAGAAAUUUAUGUACAAUUAUUUCUAAAACAGACUAGUUUUCCUAUACUUAUAUGGGCUUUUUGAUGUCAUAUAAGUAAUGUAGUUUUAAAUAGCGAAAUUGCAUGCAACACAAAUUUACCGCCUACAUUUGUAAAUAUACAAGAAUAAUGUAUGUGAUGAUAAUAAUGCAUGGCAAGAAAUUUAGUUGUAAAAUAUUUUCAUAAAUAAAAAUGUUUUUCACUUUUUA